CCACCUAGUAAUGUGAAUUUUACUUCCACGUUGACAUUCCCACUAGAAACUUCACCAUGGUCAGUUUCUCCAUAUUGCUCCUCGUCCUGAUUUCCAGCACAGCUACAGUGUAUACACAUGAAUGCGUUCAGUGCACAGGAACCUCUCUAACAGCUGAUGCAAAGACUCUUGACUGCACCGCUUCUAAAUCCAAAUGUCUCAACCAUCAAGACCACUGCGUGACCCGUUAUUAUGAUAUGAAACAUAUCAAUGGCAAAUUAAUUCAGGGCUUCAUUGUCAGAGAAUGUGGAACAAUGCAUGAUUGCUUCGAUACCAUACUGUUUAGAAAUGAAACUGUCGAACUGUCGAUGUCUGCCCAAUGCUGCGCGCUUGACAUUUGCGAAAUUAAAGAUCCUUCAUUUAAAAAUAAAACGUCUAAAAACCCAGUGAGUUGUAAAGUCUGUUAUGAUGACGGACAGGGUGAGUGUAACACUAACACUACAAUGAAAUGCACUGGAGAAGACAGCAAAUGUGCCAGCAUUUCCUACAAGUCAACAGAUGCAAAUAAUAAGGUUGCGCAGCAAUUCUUCAUGAGAGGAUGUGCCCAAGAAAAAAAAUGUGGCAACCAAACUCUGACAGCCAAAAUCAAUAAUAUCGCAUAUGAGUUCCAUUAUUACUGUGAUGCUUGUGCCAGUCUCCGCUUCAGCCCUGUAAUGCUCGUCCUGGCUGCUCUCUCCUUCAUUAAACUCAUAUAGGGGUUGCUAUUAGUGUCUAUAACAGCGUUAGGUAAAUGUUUGUUCUGGGUGUCCCAAAACGUCAAUUUUCCACAACACCACGUCAGGAUGAAGAGAUACUGCAAAUACUGUAAUGCCAAAGCUUGGAAAAUGCACUGCCACAUAUUGUAUGUGUUGUGAUGUGUAAGGAAAAUAAAUAAUAGGCAGCGACUGUCUGUCAAACCA